CUGUUGGGUGCCUCCCCACCUUCCGCAGCCAUGAGCAGUCCCCCAGCUUACCCCAGCAUCCGGAUCUCGGGGUGCUGGGCCCUCGGAGCGGAGGGCAGCAGCAAUGCCGAGUCCCUGGACAGGCUCCUCCCGCCUCUGGCCACAGGACGCUCACCCCGGAAGCGCACAACCAGCCAGUGUAAAUCAGAGCCACCCCUGCUGCGGACCAGCAAGAGGACCAUUUACACGGCAGGGCGGCCGCCCUGGUACAACGAGCAUGGCACCCAGUCCAAGGAGGCCUUUGUCAUUGGCCUGGGUGGCGGCAGCGCCUCCGGAAAGACCACAGUGGCCAGGAUGAUCAUUGAGGCCCUGGAUGUCCCCUGGGUGGUUCUGCUGUCCAUGGACUCCUUCUACAAGGUGCUGAGCAGCCAGCAGCAGGGGCAGGCCGCACACAAUAACUUCAACUUUGACCACCCCGACGCCUUUGACUUCGACCUCAUCAUCUCUACUCUGAAGAAGCUCAAACAGGGCAAGAGUGUUAAAGUACCCAUCUAUGAUUUUACCACCCACAGCCGCAAGAAGGACUGGAAAAUUCUCUAUGGUGCCAAUGUCAUCAUCUUUGAGGGCAUCAUGGCCUUUGCAGAUAAGACGCUGCUGGAGCUCCUGGACAUGAAGAUCUUUGUGGACACCGACUCUGACAUCCGUCUGGUGCGGCGUCUGCGCCGUGACAUCAGUGAUCGGGGCCGCGACAUCGAGGGCGUCAUCAAACAGUACAACAAGUUUGUGAAGCCCGCCUUUGACCAGUACAUCCAGCCUACUAUGCGCCUGGCCGACAUCGUGGUGCCAAGGGGGAGCGGAAACACAGUGGCCAUUGACUUGAUUGUGCAGCAUGUGCACAGCCAGCUGGAGGAGCGAGAACUGAGUGUCAGGGCCGCACUGGCCUCUGCACACCAGUGCCACCCCCUGCCACGGACACUGAGUGUCCUCAAGAGCACCCCACAGGUGCGGGGCAUGCACACUAUCAUCAGAGACAAGGAGACCAGCCGAGACGAGUUCAUCUUCUACUCCAAACGGCUGAUGAGGCUCCUCAUUGAGCAUGCACUCUCCUUCCUGCCCUUCCAGGAGUGUGUGGUGCAGACCCCGCAAGGCCAGGACUACUGCGGCAAGUGUUACGCUGGAAAGCAGAUCACUGGCGUGUCCAUUCUGCGAGCCGGUGAGACCAUGGAGCCUGCGCUGCGGGCUGUGUGCAAAGAUGUGCGCAUCGGCACAAUUCUCAUCCAGACCAACCAGCUCACUGGCGAGCCCGAGCUCCACUACCUGCGGCUGCCCAAGGAUAUCAGCGAUGACCACGUGAUCCUGAUGGACUGCACCGUGUCCACGGGCGCUGCGGCCAUGAUGGCAGUGCGCGUGCUCCUGGACCAUGACGUGCCGGAAGACAAGAUCUUCCUGCUCUCCUUGCUCAUGGCCGAGAUGGGUGUGCACUCGGUGGCGUACGCCUUCCCACGCGUGAAGAUCAUCACAACAGCAGUGGACAAAAGGGUCAACGACCUUUUCCGCAUCAUCCCCGGCAUCGGGAACUUUGGCGACCGCUAUUUUGGGACAGACGCAGUCCCUGACGGCAGUGAUGAGGAGGAAAUGGUCGCCACGAAUUAG